AAAAGUGGCGCUACUUGUAACUUUCUGUACAAAAAUAGUGUGGCUUUUGUAUAAAUGCCGGUUAAUUUUUUAUAAUUAAACUUAAAAUAAAUUAGUAAAUAAGUCAAAAUGAAACUAGUAAGAUUUUUAAUGAAAUUAAGCCACGAAACGGUGACGAUCGAAUUAAAAAAUGGUACACAAGUUCACGGUACAAUUACAGGAGUCGAUGUCGCUAUGAAUACACAUUUAAAAGCAGUAAAAAUGACGAUUAAAAAUCGGGAUCCUGUACAGUUAGAUACGCUUACAGUACGUGGAAAUAAUAUUAGAUACUAUAUCCUACCCGACAGUUUACCUCUCGAAACAUUAUUAAUUGAUGAUACACCAAAGGCGAGAGCGAAAAAGAAGGAAGCAGCUAGAGGGGCAAGUCGUGGACGGGGUCGUGGACGAGGAGGUCGUGGUGGGCCUAGAGGAGGACGGGGUCGUGGUAGAGGACGUCGUUAGUCAAUAUUUAAUAAUGUUUAUGUAUUAAGUGUCUGUAAACAAUUUUUUUUCUGUCAUUCCGUUUGAAUUUUCAUAUUUAUAAAGAAUUUGUAGUAUUUUAUUUAAAUAAUGCCAUUUUUUUUACUGGAGCAAUCUCAAAUUAUCAUAAUAAAUUUCCGUCUUCUCCAGAAAUUUAAUUUUGAAAUGAAAAAGAUAUCGAAACAACUUGUUUCUACAAUAAAUUCAGAGUAUUAAAUAAUAUGAGACUCGUUACAGGUUCAUUAAUAUCUGUAAUCCUCUCUUAUCCUUUUCGGGAAACUAUUUUUCUAAAAUCUUCGAAUCAACAAGUGUUGAAAGUAAAUUUUUUGUGAAUUCGUAUGUGUAAGAGCUUGAAAAUUAAGAUCACGGUAUCUAGAAACUGGCGCGUAUUUUUCCUGAAAAAAAAUGCGUUUCAUCCCAUUUCUCGAACCGUCGUUAACAUGUUAAAAUGCCAAUUUUCUUUAUAAAUCAUGUGUCUUUAACGUUUCUAUAUUUUUAAAAAGAAUCAAACGUUGAGUUU